GAGACCAUGAAGGGAGGAAAUUAUUCGAUGGUAUCUGAGAUUGUGUUGGUGGGACUCACCAGUUCUUUGGAGUUACAACUUGCCCUUUUUCUGCUUUUCUCUACAUUCUAUAUGGCAGGUAUUUUAGGAAAUGUCUUUAUCAUGCUCACAGUGAUCUCUGACUCACAUUUACACUCCCCCAUGUACUUCUUACUGGCCAACCUCUCCUUUCUUGACAUGUGGAUCUCCUCCGUUACAGUUCCCAAGAUGAUUUCUGAUCUUUUCAAGGACAGAAAAGUCAUUUCUUUCCAAGGCUGCAUUGCUCAGAUGUUCUUUAUUCAUGUCUUUGGAGGAACUGAGAUGGUGCUGCUCAUAACCAUGGCCCUUGACCGAUACAUAGCUAUAUGUAGGCCUCUCCAUUACCUGACCCUCAUGAGCUUCAGAACUUGCAGUUUACUCUUGGUGGUGGCCUGGACCACUGGAAUCAUCCACUCAUUGAUCCAAAUAGUAUUUGUUGUAAAACUACCAUUCUGUGGCCCCAAUGAAGUGGAUAGCUUUUACUGUGAUCUCCCUCGAUUUAUUAAGCUUGCUUGCACAGUCACCUACAGACUGGAGUUCUUAGUCACUGCCAAUAGUGGCUUCAUCUCUCUGGGAACUUUCCUCAUCUUGAUUAUCUCCUAUAUUUUCAUCUUGGUCACUGUUAGGCAGCAUUCGUCAGGUGGCUUGUCCAAAGCUGUCUCUACACUGUCAGCUCACAUCACAGUGGUGGUCUUAUUUUUUGGUCCGUGUAUCUUUGUGUAUUCAUGUCCAUUUCUCACAGUGCCUGUGGAUAAAUUCCUUGCCAUUUUUGAUGUAAUAAUUACUCCAUUUCUGAACCCUGUCAUCUAUACUUUAAGGAACAAAGAGAUGAAGGUGGCAAUGAGGAGAAUAUUCUGCCAGUUGUUGACUCCCCAGAAGUUAUUUUAA